AAUGUGCCACGUGGAAAUAUUGAUUUUUUUUUAGACUUGUAGUUUGUUGAAGAAGGAGAUGACAGCCAUUUGACAGAGGAGAUUUUUAGCUUUCGUUUGGUGUCUCACUCGAGGUCACAGUCGUGAGAUGGGACUUCCCACGUCUUGCCGUAAAACUUUGAACGCGAUUUUGAUGUUGUUCCUUUGAGCGUUGACGGACGGUGAUUCUUCCAUCGUGUUCCUCGUCCCAAAAUUAGCGAGAAUUUGAAUAUUUGAAUUCUUCAUGGCCGAUGAGGAGGAGAAUAGCCCUGGACCUGCAUGUCGGAGGCUUGGUAUUUAUUCAAGCAAACUGAGAAAUGCGUUGAAAUCAGACGAAGCUCUUACCUGUUUGAAGACGAGUGAUUUUCCUGUCACCAACGAUGUCGUUCUGGAGCUACUUACAUUCAAAAAUGCCUCGAAGUUUUCGUUCAACGAUAUGUUGAAAUGGACUGGUUCUCUGAUAGGUUCCAGUACCAAAGAUAUUGCUGUUGGCACGUUUGCCUCUAGAGUCCGUUCUCUGCAGCAACGUCGAGCAAGGCUGCUGAAGGACAAAGCCAGCGAUCAGAUUGCUGUCCUACUGGCUGAGCCCUUUAUACUACCCUCUCCAUCAUCCGGCCAGUCGGAGUCAGGUGAGCGUGAUAGGGAAAGCACCUCCAGCACUGAAGUUGGUACAACAACUGAGCCUUUGGCAGCAGAGGUUUUCCAGGUGCAGAGAGAAGCUAAGGCACAGGAGGAAUUAGUGGGAUCUUUAAAGGAGAAAAUGAAGGUUGGGCAAGGGAAGCUACGAAAUGUUAAAAAGAAAUUGGGACGUCGAGAUGAGACAAUCAGAUCACUGGAGGCUAAGGUAGCUAGUUCAGUAGAGGCUGAUAUGGUUGAAGAUGAGUAUGAUGAACAGGAUGAACAGGGCAGUGAGGAUGACAUGCCUAUGGUAGAUGAGCUGAAGAGGAAGCUAGUUAACACGCAGCAUAAAGUGUAUUAUUGGCAGAAGCGUGCGGGUGAUUUAGAUACUUCCAGAAGGGAACUAGAGCGUGAACUGCAGGAGAAGUCUUUGUUGUUGUCCAGAGCUGACGGCAGAAUUAAGCAGUUGGAGUUGGAGGUUGAUGACUUAGGUUCACAGCUGCAUGAAGAAUGUAGUGGCUCCAUGAUUACAACAUUUUCUGGCAAUGCGUACCUCCCAGAAGUAGUCAAGUGUUGUAUGGAGUUGUUGGCAUUGAAUGUGGGCAUAUGGAAUGUGAAAUCGGUCAUUGAUUGUGUACUUCAUAACCUAGUCAGCAAGAAAGUAGACAGACUCCCUAGUGUAGGAACUUUGUCUGGGAUGCUGGUGCAGCUAAAAUCAGUUAGUUCACAGCAUGCAGCUGAAGUACUUUCUCAGGCAGAAAAUACAACCUUGCACACUGAUGGCACGAGUAAGUUUGGUCAGAAGUAUGGUACCUACCAAAUUGCCACUGAAAAUCAAGUUUUUAGUGUGGGUAUGGUAGAUAUGAAAAAUGGCACGUCAGAGCACAUCCUUGAUAAGUUCAAGGAGGUUUUGUCCGACCUUCAGGAUUCGUGCAAGGGUGUUGGCGAGUCUUGUGAAACUGGCAAUAAGAUUGUAGCGAACAUCAAGAACACGAUGAGUGACCGGUGUGUUGUACAAAGAAAGUUCAAUGAGUUGUUACAUGACUAUCGAGAGAAGAUUUUGCCUGAUGUUGUUGCUAGCUGGGAGACAUUGAGCAAUGAGCAGCAAAGUUCAUUUUCCAACAUGAAUAAUUUCUUUUGUGGAAUGCAUUUCAUUGUUGGCUUGGCCGACCAAUCACAGAUUGCAAUGAGGAAAUGGGAGGACAUGCAUUUUGGUGAUCAGCCAUUUGGUGCACAUACUUUGCAUGGUGUGUAUGAUACAGACGGGUCUCGGGUCUUCAGAUUACUUCGCAAUGCUGCAAAUGCGUUUCAGAAACAUGGGAAUGAGCAGGCUGGGUGCAUGCAUGCCUUUCGUAGUUAUGUGACUGACAUGGGGGGAGUGGUGCCUUUGGCAGAGCAGAGAGGCAACCGCAGCUAUGUUUGCUACUUCAAUGGUGCUGGAGUGUAUUACCUUCACGAGCUCAUGACAACGUUCCUGCAGGAUGUUCAGGCGGACCCCAACCAACUCCUCCGUGCUGUCAAGGCUGACCUUGCAAUCCCAGAAUUGUUAUCUGGUGCAAGAGCCCUUGGAAUUCUCUCCAAGCUCGUCAUAAUGCCAUUGUGGAAGGCUUUGGAAAGCAAAUCAAUCUCCAUCUCUGACAUGUCCAACGUCUACAGUCAGCUCCAGAAGAAAUUUGAGUACUGGACGAAUGAUUCUGCGGACCUCCUCGACGGCACCGCUCGGCCGUUCACAGAUGCUUCAGUUUCCCUCACCGACCCCGUGCUCACUUACCUGCUGCAGCCCAGUCCGAGUGACACUACCACUGUUGAGAUUUUGCAGAUGUUAUGCACCGUGUAUGCUCGGUAUACAUCUAACCUACUCUCCGAUCAUCUGCCAGGCGGUGCGUUCCAUAAACCUGACGAGGCAACCAGAGUGCAAACUGCCUCUGUCAGCAACACCAAUGUCGUUUCUGAACGUGAUUUCGCGCAACUGGAUCGACUUAUCCGAGAAAAGCCCAAUUCAAGAACUAUCGCGCUGGAGGGGAUGAUUAUGUUUUCUAAUAACAAAACCGCAGAAUGGCUGACCAGUAAACCUGCCCAGGAACAAGCCGAAAUCCUCCAAAUGGCACGGCAGACAGCUCCAGCUAUGCAGGAAGCCUUCAGGAAGCGCCAGAAGGAAAUCCAUGAGUACUGCGUUCAGCGACUUCGUGACAAAGCAAAGGAGAUUGCAGAGAAGAGGGAGAAGGAGCUGAAGAGGAAAGAAGCUUUGACGAAAGAUGUUGAGCGCUAUGGUCUGUGGACAUCCAGACAAGAAGUUGACGAAAAGGUUGCACUCCUGAGCACCAUUGCAGCAAAGAAGGCGGCUUUGAAAGCGCAGCUGCAGUUCCGGAAAGUUGUCCUGAAUCAGAAGGCAUCAGGAGAUCUCUUUGCCAUGUCUAAGGGUGGAAAACAACAUCCUGUUCAAACACUGAUCAGCCAUCUCUGCGAGCUACUGAAUGUAUCGAACACUGCCAGCUCAGGUGCUGCUGCAUCCGGUCAGGAAGCAACUCCGCUUGACCCAACCGGCCACACCAGCAGCUCGGCUCAUGUUGCAGGCAGUCAGCACGCAACUCCCCUGGAGCCAACCACUUACACCACCAGUCCGGCUGAUGUGGACAGUCAGCGAGCAGCUUCGUCAGAGCCAGCCGCCAACACCACCACCUCGGCUGACAAUGUAGAUUGCGAGCUGGAGCCAACAGCAAAACGGCUCCGCGUUGAAAAUGAAUAAUUUUAUUGUCCAAAGACAUGGUCAAAGACAUGGUCAAGACAAGUUUGUGGUUAUUGUGUUGACUGUUUUUAUUGUCUUUUUUGUGUCUUCCCCUCUUCCAACUGUUCUCUUCACUUUUUUCCUGUUCCGUUGCUAUGGUAACAAUGCUAGAAUUUCCCGUUAACACUGUUAACCUACAUUCCAUUUUUGUUUUACCACGCUUGUGCAACGUUUUCACUCCAUAUUGUCAUCAUUGAUAUGUUUCGUUGCGUUUCUGCAAUGUUGCUAGGGGUUGCCAUGGAAACAAUACACGGCGACGUGCCGUCAGGCAGUUGUUGUACAUAGAAAUGUUUGUACAUUAUUGCUUAUCAUAUAGGCCUGUCAUUUGGGCUCUUUUCAGCGAACUUUUUGUUUUUGUCACUAUGUCCCCUGGUCAACUUCCCCUGGGUCCGUUUGUCAGUUUGUGCCAUGCGUGCUAUACACGUUUACAUACAAUUCAACACAAUUCUAUGAUGAUUGGCACCACAAUUGAAAUGACUGUAUCUCAGGUUUGCUUUGAGAUUUUCACAUGAAAUUUUCUGUGUGCUCUUGAAAGACGUGCUUAUUCGAUUUCCAACAGAAUUUUCCUGGGAAUUCUGAAUUUGAUUUUUUUGCCUGA